CCUUCUACUCCCUCCUCCAGACAAAAGCAGAGCUCAGCCUGAGCGUUUAAACAAACCAGAGCCGGCAGUGAAGAGCAUACACACACACACACAUAUCCAGGCACACACACACACGCAUGCAAUGUCAUACAGCUGUGAUGUGUAACACAGAAUGAGGCUGAGAAGACUCAUCCACACCUGAAGUUCUCUGGAGAAGAGGCGGCUCAUGACAGCACUGCAGGAGACAUUAACCAGAUCAGACCUUGGGCCGUCCCCCUCACCUUGCACCUUGUGUCCAUCAGUCCCCUCCCCUCCAGCCAGUUUCUCAGAAAACUGAAGCUCCAGACUCAAAGAUUUUUAUCAGAACCAACAGCUGGCUCAAUGGAAGCAACAACCUUGGCUGAGAUGGGAGACUUGUGUCAUCCUCGCUCCUCCAGCCCUGAGGGGGAGACGGUGUGUGAGGCUUUGGCCCGUCAUGAAGCCACUCUGAGGGAGGCCAUCAGAGAGAUCCACAUGGAUGUCACUGCCUUUAAGUUAAACAUGGAGCAUCGCCUGGAAGACACGUUCAGCCUGAGUGGGACUCUUGGGCGAGCCAUGACUCAGCUUCAGCAGGAGAACCGAGAGCUCAGAACUCAGCUGCAAGCCCUAAGACGACAGGUAGAACUUCUCAGUGGGAUGAGCAGUCAAAAUGGCAAGAACCACCUCGGUGACAUCCAAGCCAAUCACCGUGAGGUCAAGGAGGUGAUCUGCGGUAAGGCUGAAUCCCCCACUCAGAGUGUCAACCAGCCCUGCACCCCGGGGAGCCGUGUACAGACCUACAACGGCCAAAGCGGUCACGUCAACGCUGCAUCCAGCGCUCCAACGUUCUCCUCGUCCCCCAACUCCGGCAGUCCCCCCAUCGCUUCAAGAGUUUCCACCAUUGUGGCAAGUCCUGUUUCAAGUAACAGCCCGUCCACUGGUCGCUUCUCCAGCCGGGCCACAUUUGCAGUAUCCAGCAAAAACAAUAGUAUUGAGCGAGAGGAGCCAAUCGAAGUUGACCCGGCCCCGGCACAUGCGAGCCUGGAGAACGGACACGCUGCACCAACAGAACAUUCCUUGUUGGCACAUGGAAAGAUGUCUCCACUCACAGACUUCCCACAUGAACACAUAGCUCCAGUCGCCAUACGGAUGGCCCACUUCCCCAUCACGGCCACCACCAAGACAGCAGAAGUCAAGACUUGUCCAGAUUCUCCCAGUAGCUCCACAUCUUCUAGUUCCCCUCCAAUCUCAGAAUCCUUCCCUCCCAGCCAAUCAACUGCUAGCUCCAUUCAGCUUCAACCACAUGCAGAAUCCCCAGUUCAACCAGUAUCUUCCAUGAAGACGUGGACCACCUCACCCAUUCGAGCUUCGGGAACUUCGCGCCUCCAAGAGAAAACGGUUUCGCCCUCUGCUAAAACUGUGACUUACGCAGGGUUACCUCAACAUGACCGGGAUGACAACAUUGAAAGCAAAGAGCGAUCUUUUGGGUAUGGAGGAGAAAGGAAGCGAGAACUGGUGAGGUCUCAGACUUUACCAAGAAACAUUGGAGCUCAGACUCGACGGUCAGUCUUCGAUAGGUUGGACACAGACAUCAGUAACAGUCGCACCAAAGUUGUGGAAUCCAAGCCCAAACUGAAGCGUUCCCAAAGUUUUGGAGUUUCCAGCGCCAGCAGCAUCAAACAAAUCCUUCUUGAGUGGUGUCGCUCCAAGACCAUCGGCUACCAGAACAUAGAUAUCCAGAACUUCUCAUCCAGUUGGAGCGACGGCAUGGCUUUUUGUGCUCUGGUUCACUCCUUUUUUCCCACCGAGUUUGACUACGAAUUAUUGUCACCUGACAACCGCAAGCAGAACUUUGAACUGGCUUUUGGAACAGCAGAAUUGAAGGCUGGCUGCGACCGCCUAAUCGAAGUGGAUGACAUGAUGAUUAUGGGUCGUAAACCGGAUCCAAUGUGUGUAUUCACCUACGUGCAAUCCCUCUACAACCACCUGCGCAAGUUUGAGUGACCUCAACAACCACGCGCAUAUUGGUGGCGUGACCUUUUCCUGUUUGCUCUUUUCCACCGCCUUAUAGCCACUGAGGGAAAUAAAAGCAUUUUCUCACUGUCCAGGGGAAAAAAAGGCAAAAUAAUUUCAAGACUUUGCUGCCUUCGUGUGGUAAAUUGGAGAACAUUUGUUCCCAUUUGGGAGGACUAAGCUUUUAAAAGUGUUUGUGUGCGUCCGUGUGUACCUGUUAUCCAAAUCCAUGAAGACACCACAUUAUUGAAUUUGUUGACUAUAUUUAGUUUGUAUAUGUAUUUGUUGUUUGUAAACUUUUUUUAUUCCCACAUGAUGAGGAUGUUAACCUUUGACCCUGCACCAGAAGGGAUACAAUUUGCCGCGUCAGUGAAAAAUUGACAUGUACGUAGGUAUUCAAAAUAUUAAAAAGCAUAUGAAACUGAGUGUUUGCAAAAUUAGACUGAAUGGUGUCUUUUAUUUACACACUGUAUGCUUGGAUAUUGAGAUAUGAACAGUUAUUAAAAUCAUCAAUUGUCAGCUGAAAAAAAAAUGCUUUUACAUUUUCAUUUUAGAUGCUACUUGAUGAAAUAAAAUUCAAAACACAA